AGAAGAUGAAGUCAAAGAAACACACUGGCACCAAGUUCUGCAGCAUAUCCUCUCAGUCACAACGUUUCUAUCAUACAGAGGAUUAGUAUUCAGAGGAAGUGACGAAGUAGUUGAUUUAGUGUGUAAUCGCAAUUACUUAGGAAUACUGGUGCAAUUGGCUGAGUAUGAUACAUUUCUUGAUGAACACAUUCCAAAACAUGCAAAUGAGGGAAAAGAUCAUGUUUCAUACAUAUCCUCAGCUGUAUGUGACGAAUUCACAGAAAUCUUACAGAAAGAAGUUCUCAUCGCCAUUAUUCAGGAAAUCAAAACAUCCAAGUAUUUCUCAGUGUCUUUUCAUUCUACUCCAGAAAUAUCACACAUGAAUCAACUGACAAUAAUCUUUAGAUAUGUUCUAGAUGAUGGCCCUGUAGAGAGAUUUGCCACAUUUUUACCAGUAAGCAAUCAUAUAGAAGCAGAAUUUGCUAGAGUUCUCAUUAAUUUCUUUGAAAAGAAUGAUAUAAGAAUUCAAAAUCUCCAUGAGCAGUCUUAA